CCUUGGUAGGGUGUUUAGAUGCAACCAGUGCAGUGUCGGAGAAAGACGGGUCAGAGUGACAAUGAAGGAACUUCUCUCUAUUCAGUUGCUUUGGCUUCUCCUUUCUUUUCACUCCACCAUAGGUGCUGAUGUACUGAGGCUGGUGGAUGGAGGCAGCCCCUGUGCUGGGAGAGUGGAGGUUAAGCACCAGGAUCAGUGGGGAAUGGUGUGUAAUGAUGAUGAAACAGAGCGGCAGUAUCAUUCAGUCAUUUGUAAACAGCUGGGAUGUGGAUCUGCUGUUGCCACGUCUGAAGCUUUAAUUUUUGGAGAACAUUCUGGACUGACAUGGCUCACAGAAGUUAUUUGUCAUGGUAACGAGUCAGCUCUCUGGGACUGCAAACAUGGAGGAUGGGAAUUGAAAUCUUGCCCUUAUCCUGCUGGAGUGCUCUGUUCCGGCCAUAUUAAGUCCCGGCUGAUUGGAGGGGAGAGUAUCUGCUCAGGACGUGUUGAGAUAGAACAUGGAGAAACAUGGGUUACAGUCUGUGACGCUGACUUCAGUCUCAAAGCUGCCAGUGUUAUCUGUAGUGAAUUAAACUGUGGAGUAGUGGUAUCGAUCCUGAGAGGAGCUCACUUUAAAGAAGGAGAUGGGCCAAUCUGGAAUGAAACACUUCAGUGUGAAGGGAAUGAGUCACAACUCUUCUAUUGUCCCAGGGUCUCACAUCUGAAUGAGACAUGCUCACAUGCAAAUGAUGUCAGCAUUGUGUGCUCAGGAGCUACUGAGGAGCUGAGGCUGGUGGAUGGAGGCAGCCCCUGUGCUGGGAAAGUGGAGGUUAAACACCAGGAUCGGUGGGGGAUGGUGUGUGAUGGUGUCUGGGAAAUGGAAGAUGCUGAAGUUGUUUGGCACACAGGGUUCCGGCUGGUGAACGGCAGCACAGAGUGCUCAGGGAGAGUGGAGAUCCAGGUGCAUGAAUAG